AUGGAACGACUUUGGGGUCUACUCCAGAGAGCGCAAGAGAUGUCCCCUCGAACUUCUCAGACCAUCUACAAGCGUGUUGAAGGCACCCAACAGGGGCGCCUGGAAGAAGAGGAAGACAGAGAAGAGGGCUCUGAGUCCCCGGCUCACUUCUGUCCUAUGGAGCUGAGGGGUCCCGAGCCCCGGGGCUUUAGACCAAGGCAGAAAACCCUCGGACCUUGGGUGGCAGCAGGACGAAGGGUCACCCCCUACCUGGUGCUGACUGCCCUGUUGAUCUUCACUGGUGCCUUCCUUCUGGGCUACGUGGCCUUCCGAGGGUCCUGCCAGGCAUGUGGAGAUGCUGUAUUGGUGGUCAACGAAGACGUCAACUAUGAGGCAGGCCCUGACUCCCACCAUGGUCCCCUGUAUUGGAGUGACCUCCAGGCUAUGUUCCUGCGGUUCCUGGGGGAGGGGCACCUGGAGCACAUCAUCAGGCAAACCAGCUCUCAGCAGCGAGCAGCCGGCUCCCCGGGCAUGGCUGCCCUGGCCCAGGACGUGCGCACGGAGUUCUCCCGCCAGAAGCUGGACCACGUGUGGACCGACACUCACUACGUGGGGCUGCAGUUCCCGGACCCGGAUCACCCCAACACCCUGCACUGGGUCGAUGCGAGUGGACGGAUCGGGGAGCAGUUGCCGCUGGAGGACCCGGAUGUCUACUGUCCCUACAGCGGCACCGGCAACACCACGGGAGAGCUGGUGUACGCCCACUACGGGCGGCCGGAGGACCUGCAGGACCUGCGAACCAGGGGUGUGGAGCCGGCGGGGCGCCUCCUGCUGGUGCGCGUGGGGUUGAUCAGCUUUGCCCAGAAGGUGGCCAAUGCCCAGAACAUCGGGGCUCGAGGGGUCCUCAUAUACCCUGACCCAGCGGACUUCUCCCAGGAUACACAUAAGCUGGGCCUGCCCAGCCACCGGGCUGUGUAUGGACAUGUGCAUUUGGGAACUGGGGACCCCUACACACCUGGCUUCCCCUCCUUCAAUCAAACUCAGUUUCCUCCAGUCCAGUCCUCUGGUCUCCCCCAAAUCCCAGCUCAGCCCAUCAGUGCCGACAUUGCCUCUAUCCUGCUGAGGAAACUUGAAGGUCCUGAGGCCCCUCAGGAAUGGAAGGAGCACUUCUCAGGGCCCCUUUAUCGUCUGGGACCAGGGCCAGGCCUGCACCUAAGCGUCAACAAUCGCAGGGUCUCCACCCCCAUUAGCAACAUAUUUGGCUGCAUUGAGGGCCGCUCUGAACCAGAUCACUAUGUUGUCAUCGGGGCCCAGAGGGAUGCAUGGGGCCCAGGAGCAGCCAAGUCGGCUGUGGGAACUGCCAUACUGCUGGAACUGGUACGGACCGUUUCCUCCAUGGUGAGCAAUGGGUUCAGGCCCCGAAGAAGUCUUCUCUUCAUUAGCUGGGAUGGAGGCGACUUUGGGAGCGUGGGCUCCAUGGAGUGGCUGGAGGGCUACCUCAGCGUGCUGCACCUCAAAGCUGUCGUUUAUGUGAGCCUGGACAAUGCAGUGCUGGGGGAUGACAAAUUCCAUGCCAAGACCAGUCCUCUUCUGAUCAACCUAAUAGAGAAUAUUCUAAAGCAGGUGGACUCCCCUAACCACAGUGGACAGACGCUGUAUGAGCAGGUGGUGUUCACCAACCCCAGCUGGGAUGCUGAGGUGAUCCGGCCGCUGCCCAUGGACAGCAGUGCCUACUCCUUCACCGCCUUCGCGGGGGUCCCCGCGGUGGAGUUUUCCUUCACCGAGGAUGACCAGGCCUAUCCGUUCCUGCACACGAAGGAGGACACGUAUGAGAACCUGCACGCGGCGCUGCGAGGCCGCCUGCCCGCUGUGGCCCGGGCCGUGGCCCUGCUCGCGGGGCAGCUUCUCAUCCGGCUCAGCCACGAUCACCUGCUGCCCCUAGACUUCGGCUGCUACGGGGACGUCGUCCUCAGGCACAUCGGCAGCCUCAGCGAGUUCUCUGGGGACCUCAAGGCCCGCGGGCUGACGCUCCAGUGGGUGUACUCCGCGCGGGGGGACUACAUCCGAGCAGCAGAGAAGUUGCGGAAGGAGAUCUACAGCUCGGAGGAGAGCGACGAAAGGCUGAUGCGCAUGUACAACGUGCGCAUCAUGCGGGUGGAGUUCUACUUCCUGUCCCAGUACGUGUCACCGGCGGACUCCCCGUUCCGCCACAUCUUCCUGGGCCGUGGAGACCACACGCUUGGUGCCCUGCUGGACCACCUACGACUGCUUCGAAAGGAUGACGCUGGGGCGGCACCCAGCCUAGGCUUCCAGGAGAGCCGCUUCCGUCGCCAGCUGGCCCUGCUCACCUGGACACUGCAGGGGGCAGCCAAUGCCCUGGGCGGGGAUGUCUGGAACAUUGACAACAACUUCUGA